CGAGCGUGGGGAUUCUUUCUUUCACAUCUUUGAUGGAGCGACCAGAAAUUCUGUAAAGCUCUGUCGACAGAAUCACAUGCUUUUGGCUUCGGUGAAGUUGCUUGGCGCUAUUGAUUCUGUGAUUUGAUGUGUCAGGAUCAUCAAGGUUUUACAGUUAUUGUUGGGCCCCUGUACACCCGGAUUUGUGUCAGGAUCAAGAUUUUACAGAAUAUUGUUGGGCCCCUGUACACCCGGAUUUCGACUUGUUACAAAAUGAGUCUACGUCUCAGUUAGAUAGGCUCUCUUGUCCAUACCCUUACCCGUGGUAUAAUGAUAACAAAUUGAUUGUGUUGCUAUGGAUGAUAUGUCAGAUAAAACGCGUUAUUGGUUACUCAAGCAUUGAAAAAGUUUGAUUCAGCGAGUUUUGGUGUAUCGUCUAUUAAUCAACGUACUCCACCACUCGUAAAAUCCAAAAAACGAACUUCGAUACAAUCCUACGAGCAUCAAACACGACGAUGCUGAGUGUUGCUCGCGCGGGCCCGGUAAGCGGGCAGCACUUUGCUGGUGUACUCAGGAUCCGGUCUCAGCAGGAUCUCCAUUUUGUCGUCAAGGUCGGCCAUUGCAGUAAAAGCCUAAGUUGAGGGUUUCCGAAUUGCAUUCCUCACUACCAUCCCUGACUCUUUUCCUAUGAAUUAGAAAAGAGGCCAGGGAUGUUCUGAAGAAUGUUGUAAUUCCGUAACCUCUAAGUAAGAGCGUUCUCCUCUGCUCCUCAACCUCCUCAAGACCGCGACCACCGUUUUUCGCGCACCCUGACGACCCAUGAAAAGCUCGCCUAUAGUUGGCGAGACAAGAAAACUGGGAAACCUUUAAAAGGGAGCCUGGUCGAUGGCUUUUUGGAUGAGCAGAUCGAGAUUUUGGGGAGACGAGCGAAGAAUUUGCGAGAACGACUGGGCGUUUUAGAACCGAAUACAAGGGAUUGGACCGAAUUGUGGGGUAAGAAACCGUUUUGGAUGGUUUCCGGAGGGUGGAACGCAGGCGCGUGGGCGUUGAUUCUGAUCGGUUAUGUUCAGUUUGAUUUGAACUAAAGUUUUGGAAGAUCAUGAGGCAGAGGGUAGUUUCGGAUUAGGGGUCAUUUGAAGACUAUCCGGGCGUGCUCGUUCUGGUGAGAGGUAGUUGUAUGUGGAUAACCAUCUUCAUUUGCGAAGAAGUAUUGUAGUGCAACAUCAGCAUGUUUUUCAAACAAGAUGUGACCAUGACAGAUGACCAUGCUCUUCUCUAACCUUUCGGCUGGUCUCCCUUCCAUGCCGUUUUACCUGCUGGCUUUACGUACUUGGGUCUCAUGGACAUGAACAGCCAUCGAACCAUGAGGAAAAAUUUUCCUGCGCUGAUUUGGUUCCGAUACUUCUUUGAGUCUGUACGUCCAGAGAUCCGACAAUACAUCGUCGAAGGAGAUGAUGAGGAGAACCCUUUUUCUAGUUAUGCGUGAAUAAAGUGGUUGAAUUGAUCAUGAUCGUUCAUGAUCUUGAGCAGCGAUAGAGAAGUAUGUCGCUAUGGGCUUUUUCAGGAGUUGCCUAGAUACUAGAUGGGCUCUAAGGAACUGAAAAAGCCUUCUCAGGCAGCACUUCUGUAAUCAGAAUGAUAAAUAUGUUUCAACCUCUCAGAGAACCACCACCCAGUCAAGCUCUCUCAUCAAGCUCUCUCUCUCUAACUCCCAAAGCAACGAACGUUGAUCUAUCAACGUGCCAAAGGCAGAGGGGAAUCGAAUCCCUUUGGAACUAGAGCAGAUCUCUAUGAUGCAGGUGGAUAUGACUGGGUCAACCACUCCAACUUGGGUGCGCAACACCUAGAUCCGGAGAAAGUUGGUCGAACUGUCAUCGGUGGCACUAUGGAUCCGGUGACGGGAAAAUUAGAGCGAUUUCCUGGGGAUGAUAAGUUAUGCUUGGUUGCUUGGUGGACUAGGAAUGUCAAUUUUUUUUCUACCACUAGCUGUCUGGACUGAACAGGAAUGGCAAUUCUUUUACUUCUAGCACGUUCGUUUCCUCUGUCUGGUCUGGACGUCCUUCUUCUUACUAUCAUGCUAUCUGCAGAAGUUUCCCACUCUAGGGAAAGCCCGGAGCUUUAAUUUAAAGGACCAACCCCAAGUGUUCAAUUCGUGCAUUUCUUGAGUACAUAGCGGGCGUGUCGUGUUCCUGUUCUACUUCUAUUUCCUCAUAAGUUACAGCCUCACCCGCUCUUUCCUUUUCCCUGUUUCAUUCUCGAUUACUCCUUACCUCGCUUCCCGGCUCAACAUUUCCGGUAUGAGCUAUGGCGCAUUAAGCGACCGAGCUGUGCAGGCUUUGAACAGUGGCGCUAAACAAGGAGGCUUCUACCACAAUACAGGAGAGGGCAGCGUGAGUGACCAUCAUAGGUCAGCGGGUGCCGACGUCGUAUGGAAUAUAGGGACAGGUUAUUUCGGAUGCAGAGACAUGAAGACAGGUCGCUUUUCUGAGAAGAAUUUCACGGAUACGCUGAAAAAAACACCUGGGAUAAGGAUGAUCGAAUUGAAAUUGAGUCAAGGUAUCAUUCCCCUUACUAGACAUGAAUCAGUGCUUAUCGUGUAUCGAUAUCAAUUUUUGACUUUUUUUUGUCCGAACAACAAACGACACCCACAGGCGCCAAGCCCGAUCAUGAAUGAUUAUAAAAGAAAGAUUAAGAUUCUUCUUCUUGAUUUUUGUGAUGUAAUGGUUUUUGUGUUGUAAUUCCAUUUCACAAAGGAUCUCGUUUCCAAAUCCAAAGUCUUUUUUUCUCGCACGACGCACAGACGAAUUCCAGCAAUAUCCACCCACAGGCGCCAAGCCCGGUCAUGGCGGAAUCAUGCCCGCAGCUAAACUCACUGCUGAAAUCGCGGAGAUUCGUGGAGUACCGCAAGGCGAGGACUGCAUUUCCCCACCUUGGCAUGCCGAAUUCGUUGGGCCAUUAGGCUUAGUCCAAUUCCUCAUGCGAUUGCGCGAAUUAUCCGGCAAACCCACUGGCUUCAAGAUGUGUGUCGGUAAUCGAGUAGAAGCAGCCGCGAUCAUCAAGGCUUUACAGCAGGAAUUCGAAAAAGGCAACAGGCCCUGUGACUUUAUCACAAUUGACGGUGCUGAGGGUGGAACCGGAGCUGCGCCAGUGGAAUUCUCAGACCGAGUUGGGCUUCCCUUGAGGGAUGGCUUGUUACUUGUGGAUGACUUGUUGCGUGGAGCCGGGAUCAGACAUGAAGUAAAGAUCAUCGCGAGUGGGAAAAUCAUGGACGCAUUCACCAUGGUGCGAGCGAUGGCGUUGGGUACUUACUAACUUCUAUGAGAAGAAGACGUUGUCACUAUCUUCAGCUACAUUUUUUCAGCACUAACUAUCUCAAGAAUGCAUGCGGGAUAUCACGAUGGGCUAGCAUUGCAUUCUUUGUUUGCGUGCAUUCUUUAGAUAGUUUUAGUGCUGAUGAAAAGCGUUUUUUCUCACUUGCAGAUUACUCUCUCUUCCCCACGAUCAUGACCAAAGGUGCCGACGUUUGCAACAGUGCCCGUGGGUUUAUGAUCGCUUUGGGGUGUAUCCAAGCGCUCAAAUGCAACACAAAUCACUGUCCAACUGGAAUUACCACGACGAACCCAGACCUGGUUUCCGGCAUUAAAGUACCAAACAAGGCAGCCAGAGUUGCGGGAUUCCAUCACAACACAAUGCACGCUUUUGCCGAGUUGGUCGGUGCCACCGGGGUGGAUGAUCCGGAUGAGUUGAAGAGACAGCAUAUUAUGAGGAGGAUGAGGAAUUUGGAGGUAUUUCUUCUUCCUUGUUUUCGUCGUAGGUGUUGUUGCAAUGCCGCUGCGGAGAAUGAUGAAGACUAUGUACAAGGAAAACAACAGAGAGAUAAAAAUCCUCCUCUUACUGCUCUGUCAUUCUUCAGGUAAUGAGCUACGCUCAAAUCGCUCCCGAAGUUGAACGUGGAUGCUUAGUCAAAAAAGACGCAAAAGCGCCUGAAACGUUGCAGCGUUUCUGGGAUAACGCUGUGCUAUAUGGCGGUCUAAACCCUAAUAGUGGAGAUGGAAAGAUGUACCGAUUGUCGAGUGCAUCUCUGAAUGCUAUGCGUGCUGAUGGCAGAAAAACGUUUAGAAUGACGCCGUAGGAAUGGAAAACGAAAUUGACGAGACUACACACUAGAUUUAGAAGAAGUUGAAACUCCUGGUUGAGCCAUUAUGCUCUGGAGCACUGUCAUGAUAUUAGACGUACAACAUCAACUCUAGUUUCUAGCACAGAAAAUACAUGAAUAGAAUCUUGCACAGAGAAGGUCGUCGAGUCACUACAUAGGAAAAAUAGCAAUCAAUCACGCAUAAUUACACGAUUGUCUCUUCUAGUUCUAGUAUCAUCAAGACAUUGUAAAAAAGGAAAUGAUUUGAGGCUAAUACAUAUCAUGCUCACAAGAACUAAGUACUUACAUCAAAAACAUCUUAAGACAGAGGCCUGGCGUGCUGGGAUGAUGCCCGGUUUGAUAGGUAUUCUGCGUAGGCGAUUUGAUGAAUGAAGUUGAAGUUCUUGAAUGCAUGGCUUACAAUGGUAGGACUCUCGUCACUGAUUCUGAUGCUGGUUUAUCAUGAUGGAGGUACAUUCGAACAAACGAUAUCGAUAAUGGUCACGACAGACGGACAUUUUUAACCUUACUGAGAAAUUGUGUACGAAAAUGAAUGUGAAAAAAAGACUCCCUCCCGACAUGCGCUCUGCAGAUGAUGCGGUAACAACACGAU